AUGGAGGAGGCAGGCAAGGGCGCCCAUCAGAGCGCGGGAGCUCCACAGGCGGGCAGGAAGUGGAAUGCCGGCAAGGGCGCAGACCCAAAAUUGGCUGCGGCGGUGCGCGUGCUGGCUGCUGGCCUGCUGCUGGGCUGGGAGCAGAUCCACGCCAAGCACCCCAACCAUAGGUCGGAGACGGCCGGCCAGAAGUGCGCGCGCCGGGAUGAGCAGCUGCUGCAGCUCCUGCUUCGCAUGCACAUCCUGGCAACACUUGCCACAAAGCUGGAUGCAAAGGUGACCAAGCGGCAGAGGCGUGAGGUGGUGGAGCUGUUUGAUCAACUGGGCAUCAGCCUCAUCGGCGACGGCGUCAGCGCAGCAGACGUAUACAACUCCGUGCUGCAGCCCUGCUUUGGUGCUCAACUGCCGGACCUCAUGCAGCCACUGGCCGAGUCGUGUGGGCAAGCAGAGGACAGCCUGCCCUCCCUGCCGUCCUUGGGCACCCGCGUGACAGGGUCCUUCGCAAAGCACUCGCAGAACUCCGAAUGCUGCGGCAGCGUCUCCCCUUCGGACAUCUCCACCGGCAACGCCAGGGACAGCAGCUUUGGGAACAGGCCGCGCGACGUGUGUCGGUCCUCCAGCAUGCUGUCUGGCAGCCACUCAGCCUGCCAGACAGGGCAGGGCGGCAGAGACAUCCAGCACGCCAGGCCUGCUGCGAAGCACUUGCUGGUGAAGCAGAAGGCUGGCAGGCCAGCGCUGGAGCGCAUGGCAUCACGGUCACGGCUGGCUCCAGUCGUGGGCAAGCUGUCCAUCGCGGACUUGCAGCGCAAGAGGAGGGACCGCAAGCGCCACGGUGGCGGCAGCAGACCGGGCUCCGCCGCCGUGCGUGGGAAGGCUGCGCCCGCCCCCAGCCAGCCCAUCUCCACCACCCCUGACGCCCAGAGGACGCAUGCGGGUGGCAGCACGGUAAUGACGCCUCAGUCGCGCCGCAAGGCCACGCCGGACGAGGAUGUGGAUGUGGAGUGCAUCCCAGAGACGGAGAUCAAGGGCGGCGGCUCCCACAUGAUCAGCGCCGACGUGGCCUCCCGCCCGCUCAUGCGCCAGCCCUGCUUCGGAGGGAUUCCGGUGACUGAUGAGCAAGGUGGUGAGAAUCUGGCGCUCUUCUCGCGCGAUGAGGAGGAGGCACCUCCAGCAGACGGCCGCCCGCCUUUGCAAGAUGUUGGCGUGAAGCAGCCGACCGCUCAGGGCACCUGGCUGUUCCCGGCACAGAACAAGCGCAAUGCCCCGUCAAGGGCAAAGCUGCAGGCCGCUCAGCAGCCGCCGCAGCUGCCUCCACAGCGAUGCCUGCUGGAAUCGCUGGACUUUCAAGUUGGCGCUGCAGAAAAGGUCCCCGCUGCGCCACACGAGCAUCACUCGCCAGCUCAGCAUGACAUGCCCCCACUGCCGCACAUGGCAGUCAGCGCUGCAGCUGAGCUGCAGCUGCAGUCGCCCAGCCCUAUUCCCCGUCACUCACCAGAGGUUCUCCCGGCAGACGACAGCAUUGGCGUUUGGCAGGAGGAUGUGCUGCCCUCAGAGGUCCAGGAGGACAUCGGGGAGGUCGGAGGCCCGGCAGCUGCAAGUGGUGAGGAUGGGGACGCCUCAAAGCCGGCAGCGGCAUCAGUGGAUGGCAGCUUGCCAGCAGACUCGCCUAUGGAAGAGGCAGAGGCCGCCGAGGAGGCGCAGGAGCCUCCACCAGAGCCAGAGCAGCCUGCGGCGCGCGAUCCGUAUGAAUUCGAUACGGACGAGGACGCUGCCAGCGAUGGGAGGGUGGAGCUGUACAAGAGUGCUCCGGCCCAUGCAGCCAGGGAGGAGCCUGCCAGCGCUGCACAGCCAGAGCAGCCACAGGCAGCUCCGCCGGUGGGCGCAGCUACAGCGGCUCGGCGGAAGCCCAGCACAUCGCCGUGCUACAGCGACGCAUGCAUGCAGGGUGCAGGCCAGGCGCUGACGCAGCUGGCCGACAUCAUCAACAGGCUGCCCAGCGAGGCCUCACCGGCUGAAGCUACAGAUGCGGUGCCCUCCUGCAAAGGCGGCGCUGACAGGCAUCGCCCCAGGAGAGCGCAGCCGCGCAGCGCAGCCCCUGCUGAAGCCGGCGUGCCCGCCUCUGGAGUCUCCACAAGGUCGGGACGGCGGCGGCAUGAGUCUGGGGCGGGUGACGAGCUGCAGCACCCCAAGGGGAAAAGGCGCAAGGCGGAGGAACCAGCAGAAGCGGCAGAUGCAGAUGCGGUGCCCGGCCGUCACCUCCGGAGCGGCAAAGUUGUGGCAGAGAGCGCCGGUCCGGCCAGCGUCAGGAAGCGCAGGGAAUCACAGGCAGGGCAGCCUGCGAGGGUGGCUGCAGCAGGCGAAGCCGCGGAGGCACCCAGUCGUCCCGCAACAAGGUCAUCCAAGCAGCCGCUGGCCUCUCUGGCCUUGCCGCCAGCGGGGACGCCUGCAGGCCAGAAGCGGAAGGGGCAGCCUUCGCGUGCCACCCCCAAGCCGCGCCAUUCCUCUCAGAAGCAGCAGGCAGAGAGCGGCCCAGAGCCCACUGCAUGCCCUGAGGACGAGGCUGCAGGGCAAGGGUGUGCGAGCGGAGCAAGGCCGCAGCGAAAGCGGCAGACACCUCUCCGACUGGACGGGGCGGAGUAUGAGCUGCCCAGCUUCAUGGCAGGCCCAGCAACAGGCGCAGAUGCUCCUUGUGGCAAGGAGAGCUCGCAGGAGGUCCCGGUCCUGACAGAGAACCGCUCGUCACAGCCAUCGCAGACACUUCACAGCCUUCAGCCGGCUGCACGUCGUGAGGACAGCGCUGCGGCACAGCAACGUCCCAGCGCACUGCAGAAUGUGCGACCGCAGCGCGACAGGCGCUUGUCAGCGCAUCUGGGCAGCGGAGACUUUGAGCUGCCUGGUUUCAUGGCAAGGCAAGCUAUGGCGGCCAAGGCUGCGCAUCCUGAGCAGCUGACAGAGGACAGGGUGGAGCCUGCUUCAGCACCAGACGGCGGUGCUGACACAGAGCACUGUCCAGAUGCUGACCUUGAGGGAGCCGUGAUGCCAGAGGUAGCACAUGUGUCCGCCUCAGAAAGCGACGGCCCUGCACUGCAUGGAGAGGCCGCCCAGGAUAGCGGCUGCCAUUGGGACACCAUCGUGAUGAGUCCGCUUGCCGAGGGUUCAGCUGCUCAAGGGCAGGAGCAUGCAAACGCGGCUGUUCCACAGCAGCAGGAGCCUCCGUGUGAGGCGCAGCUUCCACCCCAGGAGCAGCCAGCAGUGGCCGGCAGCCAGCUGGGAACCCCGGCACAAGCGGACCCGGACCUCUUUGUGAGGCGCUCUACUCGUAAGCUUGGGGUGGUGGAGCACGAGCCGCUAGAUUUUUUCACUCCAGCGCCACGGUCUUCCCGGCCCCGAGUGACCCUCGGCACAGCUGCCGCGCGCACAUCUGGGUGCGCCCCGGCUUCUGCUGGAGGCCCUCGUUCAGCGGCGGCCGCUGAGGCCCAGACUCCUGCACCCUUCCGCAGCGAGCAGGUGAAGGCAGCAGCAGAGACCCUGUUGCAGCGGAAGAAGGCAAGAAAGCUGGCUCCUGGCUCCGCGGCGGCAUGCAGUGCAGGGCAGGCUUCCAGCUGGGGAACUCAGGCAGAUCAGCACUCUGAGGGUGAGCAGGCUACAGCAGAGGUAUCAUCAGGCAUCCUGGAGGGCAAGGUGCAGCAGCAGAACAAGCGAGCUGGCGCCAGCCGACACAACUCCUGCAGCAAGAUGACAGGUGUAGGGCAGGCGUCUGGCGAUGCAGGGCGAUGCAGAGCAAAGAGAGCCUGCAAGACUCCUAAGAGGCUGCAGGCUUCACCGUGA